GGCGUGUACGGGAACUGAAUAUUCGCGAAUAUAUUCGCAAUUAAAUAUAAAAGUAAACAUAUAAAUAAGAGAAUGAUGUAUAUAAUAUAAAAUAUAUAUCUAAAAAUAUUUGUAUAUCAUUUAAAAUAAUUUAAAAAAACCCGGUAUGGACCUGGCAGAAACAAUGAAAAAUAUUGUCGCUAAAGGAAUGCAAACAGAGAUGGGUCCGCCAACAGGAACUGGAGGUGCUGGAGGUGGAGGUGCUGGCUCUGGAUAUCCACAAAAUUCAGCCAGCGGUGCUGGUUACAUUACUGAAAAAAUGUACAUGUUACUGCAGUUGUAUUUACAAAACAAAGGAUGGAAUCCGAGUAUUGAACUGCUCCAAUGUUUUACGGAAUUGAAAGAGGCUUCAAUGUUACCUAGUGCUGCAUAUUUACAGAUGAUGGCAUCCAGAGUAGCAUUAGACGCCCACGGACGUCUAAUUUUACGUGAAAACGGUAAAAUAAUUCUUCCAUAUGAGCAUUUCGCGAACGCGGUUAUGCUGAAACACAUGAACGGGCCUACGGGAUUGCAUUUGGGUCUUGAAGGGACUGUCAGAGCUGUAAUGGAAUCCUACACAAUUGGACGAGAGUGUUUUGGAAUGGAGAAAGAGUUUAUUAUUGAGGUGGUGCAGAAUUGUCCGAACCCGGCCUGCCGUUACUACAAGAACCAGCUGGAGCUGACCCAGAAGAUGGGUCACAUGGCGCCGACUUACAUUCAAGACAACGAAGCAACCGCGUCGUUGUUGAGGUCCAGUUUCUCUCACAACUCGGACUUUGGUAUGAGCAACUCGCAGUCUAACAGCAGCCACAUGGCCGCGGUUGCCGCAGCGGCGGGUUCUUCUUCGGGCGAGCUGUCGGAAAUGCAGCAGAGAAAUAGCAGUCAGAUGAACCAUCAGCAGCGACCGCCCAGUCGCCCCUCGCUUAAUAUUCCCCACAGACCGGCUUCUUCCCAGGAACGCAAGCAGUCCAUUGGGAAACAUCACUACGAGUCUAUAAUGGCGAACAACAAUGCCGCUGCUGUUGCCGCCGCUGCGAUGAAUGAUCACAAGCUCACUGAUUUUUUGAGGUCUAAUAACAUUGACAGCAUAGAAGGGUUGAGCAGCUUAGGACUUGGUAAUCUUCAAGGACUCAGUAAUGCUAAUAAAGAUUUGUUGGCGUUACAUAACGGCGCUUGGGCAAAUGAUGGUGAUAAGAAUUCGCGUCCUAACUCUUCUAAUCCAGAUACUGGCGGAGGAAAAAUAGUACGAGCCUUCGCAGAAGUUAUGAAAAAUAUGUCAAGAAUGAAAGCUUGCGUACGUCCAGCCAUGUGCAAACCUUAUGGCAAGCAAUCAGAAGCUCUACAAAAAACGCUUGUCGACACAAUUCAGCUGGUGCAGUCGCUAAGGAGUUUUCUUCCACCGCCUCAUUUUCCGGUCUCCAGCUGGAAAAAUGAAGACAAACAUAGAUUAGAUCAUACUUCUGCAUAUUUAUCAUCUUCAUUGUAAGUUUAUUAUUUAAUGAUUAUUAUUUUUGGGGCGCUCUCUAAACAUGAAUUAGUGAAAAUAGGUGAAUAUUCACUAAUUCCAAGUGCAAACCGAACCACUAAUUUUAAAAAGUGGUUCGGUUGGCACUUAGAAUUAGCGAAUAUUCACUUAUUUCACUUACUCAUGUUUAGAGAGCGAGUUUAUAUUAUUGAGAGCUACAUAAUUUUUUAUUAAAUAAUUUAAGUUUUAUCGUUUAUUAGACUGUGCCGUCUAAUAAAUAAGAAGAUAAAUUAUACAAUGACACUUUUAUUUAAUUUUAAGGACAUUCUCAGACAGUGCCCCCACUUGUUAAAAAUUUUCAAUGACUUUUGUCAUGAUUGUAUUAAAAUUUUAUUAACUAAUUAAAAAAAAAACUGAAACUUUAAUUGCAAAAGGGAGAACGUAAUCGUAAUUUCACCGAGAUAGAAUUUAAAAAGAAUUACUUGCAGUUGUUAUCAAUCAGGAGUUGAAUGAAAUUUGUUUAAUAAAUUUUAGCCUACAAAUUCGAAAAUUUGAAUUAUAAAAUUAACAUGGAGAUUUAUUUAAUAAAUUUUGUUCAGCUCCCGAAUGUCAACUGCAAGUAAUUUGUUUAAAAAUCCAUAUCUUAGCGAAAUGACGACUACGUUAUCCUUUUUUCAAUUAAAGUUUAAUUUUUUUUUUAAUUAAUCAAGGCCAUUCUCAUAGGAACUCCCGCAACAUUAAUUGAAAAAAGGAGAACGUAGAAGUAAUUUCGCUAGGUAUAGAUUCAAAAAAAAUUAUCUACACUUGAUAUCAAUUAGGAGUUGAACAAAAUUUGGAAAAUAAAUUUCAGUAAAAUUGUCAUGUCAAUUUUAUAAUUCAAGUUUUUAAAUUUUGGCGGCUAAAAUUUAUUCAACAAAUUUCGUUUAACUCCUAACUGAUAUCAAUUGUGAGUAAUUUUUUUUUAAUUCUACAUUUCAACGAAAUUACGACUGCGUUGUCUUUUUUUCAGUUAAGGUUUUAAUUUUUUUUUAAUUAGUUAAUAAAAUUUGAAUACGGUUAUGACAGUUGAAAGCCAUUGCAUAUAUUCAAAAAGUAAGGGGCACUGUUUGAGAAUGCCCUAAAUUGUCAUGACCGUAUUAAAAUUUUAUUAAUUAAUUAAAAAAAAAUUAAAACUUUAAUUUACAAAAGGAGAACGUAGUCGUGAUUUCACCGAGAUAUAGAAUUUAAAAAAAAUUACUUGCAGUUGUUAUCAAUCAGGAGUGCAAUGAAAUUUGUUUAAUAAAUUUUAGCCUACAAAAUUCGAAAAUUUGAAUUAUAAAAUUGACAUGAUUUCACUUAAUCUUAUUUUAUAAAUUUGAAUCAGUUCCCAGAUAUCAACUGCAAUUAAUUUUUUUUUUAAAUCCAUAUCUUAGUGAAAUGACGAAUACUUUCUGUCUUUUUCAAUUAACGUUUUAACUUCUUUUUAAUUAAUAAAUAAAAUUUGACUACGGUUAUGACAACUGAAAGCCAUUGAAAUUUUUAAAAAGUCGGAGCACUGUCUGGCAUGGCCUUGAUUUAAAUUAUUUAGAUUUAAAUUGCGUAGUAAAGUAACGUACAGCGACAAUUAUUUAUAAGUAAAUAAUUAAAUAUAUGUAAUAGAAAAGCUGCGGGAGCACUUGAAGAAUUCCCUGAUUAAACAACUGAAUUCGAUCGAAUUAAACAGAAUUAAAUUUUUAAUUCUAUUCAAUUCAGAUAAAUUCUGUUAAUUCGGUACCUAAUUUAAAAACAAAUUCUGUCUAAUUCGGCAGAAAAAUCAGAAUUUGUCCGAAUUAAAACGAAUUUAAAUAAUUCUGUUCGGUUUAAUUCUGAUCAAUUCGAAAACAAUUCUCCAAUUUCUGGUUCUGAAUCCGAAUUAAACUGAAUUAAAACGAAUUUGAAAUUUUUAAAUCGGUUUUAUUCUAUUUAAUUCAAAUUCAAAUUUUCAAUUCAGUUGAAUUCUGUUUUGCAGAAUUCGACAGAAUAUAACAGAAUUAAAAUUUUUAAUUCGAUCGAAUUCUAUUGUUUAAUCAGGGUUAUGCGAAGCUCUUAAAUUGAUAAAAUUAUUAUUGUUUCUAUGAUUAUUAAAAAUAAAUGAAUAAAAAAUUAAGUAAAAUCAUCACUAGUUUAGUACUCGUUUGUACUGAAUGUGUUCUAGUCACACGAAGAGUCAUCGAAUCAACUUAAAAUAUUAUUAUAAAAAAGCUCGGUAAUUUUUUAAUUAACGAAAAUAAAAUGAAAAAUAUAAUGAAUAAUAAAAAUACGAAUAAAUUAAAAAUAAAAUGAUUUGUUUGCUCAAAAAAGCGUCGGCGUUUAGGCUUUUUGAUGUGACGGUGGCGAAAAUAAGUCAUGCGUGGACUGUGAUAAAGUCGGUAGUCAAAAAAAAUUUUAUUAUCUAGGUCUGUCUCGAAUUUUAAUUAAUAAAAGAU